AGAGACUGAGCGGUGAGGAGAGAGGCAGCCUCUCACUGAUGCUGAGUCACAUAACAGAGGGACCACGGCUGCAUCCCAUGAGUCUUCGGGAAUCAUGGAGGAGCUUGAACACACCUGCCCCCAUCCCCGGACGACUCUGACAGAGCCUGCCAUCUUUGCCAGGGAGACCAGUUGUGAUUGCCGCGCCCCUCAUGAGAAACUCACCAUCGCUCAGGCCCGCAGAGGAACCCCAGUGGACCGUCCAGUCAGAGUCUACGCAGAUGGCAUCUUUGACCUGUUCCACUCAGGACACGCUCGUGCUCUCAUGCAGGCGAAGAACCUCUUUCCCAACACCUACCUCAUAGUAGGAGUGUGCAGUGAUGAGCUGACCCAUAAGUACAAGGGUUUCACAGUCAUGACUGAGAUUGAACGUUACGAAGCGCUGAGACACUGCCGCUAUGUUGACGAGAUUUUGCGAGACGCACCCUGGACUCUCACACCGGAGUUCCUAGAGAAACACAAGAUCGAUUUUGUGGCUCAUGAUGAUAUCCCAUACUCCUCAGCAGGAAGCGAGGACGUUUAUAAACACAUCAAGGAGGCAGGUAUGUUUGUGCCUACACAACGGACAGAGGGAAUCUCAACAUCUGACUUAAUUACCAGGAUUGUCCGAGACUAUGACGUCUACGCCCGACGCAACCUCCAGCGCGGCUACACGGCCAAGGAGCUUAACGUUAGCUACAUCAAUGAGAAGAAGUAUCGGCUACAGAACCAAGUGGACCGAAUGAAGGAGAAGGUUCGCACGGUUGAGGAGAAGAGCAAACAUUUUGUGUACCGCGUGGAGGAGAAGAGCCACGACCUCAUUCAAAAGUGGGAAGAGAAAUCCAGAGAGUUUAUCGGCAACUUCUUGGAACUUUUUGGACCCGAUGGGACUUGGAAACAGGUGUUUCAGGAGCGCAGUGGACGAAUGCUGUCCUACGCCCUGUCUCCCCGAGAGUCGCCCUGCAACAGUCCUCCCCGCGAACUGUCCCCGCUGCGUUCUCCCUCACCCCCGUCACCCCCAGCCCGCUGGCACACUGCACGGCCCUCUCCCCCAGCCUCCCCCAAAGGAGCAUCUGCCUUUAUAAGCAGCUUGAGUGAAGGUGACGAAGAUGAGAAGUAGCUGUACUGUUAAACACAUACAUGUAAACACACACUUCACUCACAGUACACUGCCUGAGAACUGCUCACACACACACACACACACACACACACACACACGUACUCCUACAAACACCGGCUGGAUACUUAAACAAUUCUCCUCAAGGAAGUUGCUAAUAUACGAGGCAGACGGGGAUCAUGGGAAAUGAAGUUCUGCGCUGCGGAGCAAUGAAGCCAUCACGGUCUCUGUUGUCUGGGCAACAAAGCAGACAGAAGAAAGACAAAGGAAGACGAGGGUGAGGAUUUACGUACACAGUGUCAAAUAAGAAGGUCCAGAAUGCCUUGCAGCAUCUUUCAAGAGGAUUUGCUUUGGAUUGUCCAGGGCUGAUAGAGACUGUCCAACAGCCUGCUCAUAAUAUCACGUUAUUUUUUUUGUCUUACUCUGUUAAGAUUAGCUUAUUUUUUAAGAUGCCAAGAUUUCUUGUAACUAGUGACCACAAGAUGUGAAUAGGCCCAAAGUUACAGAUCAUUGUGUGUGACAUUUAGUUUAACAGAUUGUGUGAAUCGACAGGAACCAAAUUAAUUCAUCAGAGAAUUAGGAAACAAAGAAAAGACACUGCACGCCCUAGAUUAGCAGAGGUGAAACACAGUCAGUGCUACUUCAGUGCUACAGUGCAUCAUUUUUGCAUAAAGGAUUGGCAAAGAAUAUAACAUUCAGCGUUGCCCGGUACAGUUAUUACCACUUUACCACAAACAUUCAAACUAAUCCACAGAGCCACAGAAAAUCAUAGGAAAAUUAACCUUGGGGACAUCACCCUGUAUGUUCCUAAACUUGAUGAUGAUGAUUGGUGCAAAAAAAGCUGCACUGAAAUACAACUGAAUAUGGAAAACAAAUGUUUUCAUCACCUCAGCUGUACAGCUGCGUUUGAAGUCAAACAAUAUAAUCCUAGUUUUUAAGUUCACGUGAGAAUAAGAGUUUUGCAAUGAAAAUGGCAACAAGAUCUGAGUCUCGCCUAAUCUGUAAAAUGACUGUUAGAUAGUCCUAAAAUAAACUUGAUUGUGGUGAGACAGAGAACAGCUUUCAUGUAUUAGCUUCUUGAAUGUAAACCGUCUUUGAGACCACUCCUACAGUAGAGAGAAAAUGUAAUCACUCUAAUUUGUAGUCACAAGCCAUACAAACACACAAACCCUUCAUCACCACACUCAUUCAGUAGGCCACACAAAUAUCACAUCUCACGGUAAUCGAUUAGUAGAAACAUUUGUGGAUUUUCAGCAUUAAAAGCCAUGUAUUUUGUUUGUUUUUUGGACAGUUUUCCACGUUUUAUCUAUCAGUGUUUAGCAGACAUUCUUGCUCUUUAGAAUAUGAUGUCAGCUGUUAAUCAAACCCGGCAAACUCGGAGAUCAAGCCCUUUUCUAGGAUUCUGAUGAUACUUGAAAUAUACACCAAUUGAAGCCCUCCAGGUGAACUGUCAGGUCCUCAAAAGCCGGAGCAUCACCCUAAUGUUUUCUUUGCCGUUAUUGGAAAUGUAUGUAACAAGUUUUAUUUUUUUUCGCUCAGGUCUGCUCGAUCAUGCCAGGCCGCAGCAGCAGACCCCUCGUCCACCACUAAUACAAUAAAUACUAAUGCAAUGUAGAGACCUUACUGUCCUGUACGCACUACAUGUUAAUCUGCACUAUAUGUACAAACUUUGGGAAUGUGUCUUUUUUUAUUUUUGAAAUUUUAAUGAACAAACGGCUUGAUAUGUAAAUAAAUCAAAAAUCUAUAACUGAAUUUGAAUUAAAGUGCAUUCCACCUGCUCAUCAAAUUA